AACCGUAUUUGCGGCGGGUCGCGCGUGGCGAUUACGGUGAAACGCACGUGCGCACGUAUCUUUUUUUUUUUCCUUCUCUUCCGCGAGCGUCUCGAAGAGAACGACCUUGAAAAAGUACAGCCGACGGGACCAGUGAGAAAGAGACGUACCCGGAGUGUAUCGCGGCUCGUCGCUUCUUAUGUAAUCGCGUCGGAGGCAGAGAGGAGGCGCGAGCAGGAGACGAGGAAAAGCACCGAGAAAGAGAAAAAGAGAAGCACAACCUUUUUCUCGACGUCUUGGAAUCGCGCUUUUGGGAGCCGCUAAAAAAAGAUUCCAUGUGCGAUAUACUCCGGAGAAGGAAAGAGAGAGAGAGAGAGAGAAAGGGGAGGAAAAGGAAAAAAGAAAGGAAGGAAAGAUCUAGAAAUCGUCGGUGCAAGUGAGAGAGGGAGAGAGAAAGAGACAGUGCAUGUCAGGUAUCCAAAAACGGACGCGGGCACGAACGGGUCCAGAAAAUGGACUCGCCUGUCAUCGUGGACGAAGCACCCUAUUUCAGACGAGAGAUCAAUCUGGACCGUCGUCCCGGAUCCAUCUUCGACGACGACGAUUUUGAACGACCAAAUCACAGUGACGGAAUCCGGGCGCACCUGGACGACCUUGCCGCGCGUCAUCCGGAAUUCGCCGAGCACCUGCGCGGCCCGCCUUGGCCGUUUGGCGGUUCCCUACUGCACGACCGCCGCCGGCGCCGCGGCUCCGGUGGUAGCAACAACAACGACGACCACCACCAGCAGCAGCAGCAGCAACAACAGCAGCAAGGUCAGCAGCAUCAGGUGGACGAGGACGCGCGUAGCCAGGCGAGCGGUAGCAGCGCCGCGAGCGGCGCAAGUGCCGUCAGCUCGCACAGCGACGGUGGCGGUCGCGAGCACGACCCUACGUCGUCGUCCACGUUACCGCAGUACGGGCUACGCAACACGGUGGACAUAGGCCAGCAGCAACGACGCCGCGAGAUGGAAAUGAGCCCGGAGAAGGACGAACGCGGUCAGCGUUCGAUGUCGGCACCGCCGCCGGAGAGCUGGCAGCAACAGCCACCGCAGCAGCAAGGCCAACCGGAUCAGCAAGGCCAGAGAUUCGUGUCCCGGGUGGAUAUCACGCCGCAACACAACCAGCAACGCGCCCAGUCGCCCGGUAAACCGGCCAGCAACGUCCGGCAUAUCCCCAUCUUUGUGGAGGGUCGCGACACGCCGGUGAUACCGAAGAUGGGAGCUGACGAUCCGCCGCCGUCUACCUUCCAGCAUCACCAUCAGCGACAGCCGUCGCCGCCGUCGCACCACUUCGACAGAUCGUCACCGCCGGCGCAUCACUUUCACAGACCGUCGCACUUCAACGAACGCUUUAGUCGACAGCAGUGGCCACCGUCGCACUUCCAGGACUUUUACAAGCAGGCAGGUUUUGAACAGCCAACGCGACGACACCCGUUUCAACAGCAGCAACACCAGCAGCCCCAGUAUUACUAUCAAGAGCCUCAGUAUAAGCAAGAGCCUCAAUAUAAGCAACAGCCUCAACAUCAUCAUCAGCAGCCUCAUGAGCCGCAUCAACAGCAGUAUUAUCACGAGCAACAGCAGCAGCCGCCUCAUCAGGAACCGCAACAGCAACAACAACAACAGCAGCAACAGCAACAGCAACAACAACAAGAAACACCAAAACCAAAACCUCCGGUACCAAAGGAUCCCCUGGAAAAGGUUGCCCAGGUGCAAAAGGAAGUGGAUGCUUUGGCCGAGCAGGUGCGACGUUACGUCGGCAGCUCCCGGCAGGACAAGGAGUACAUCUAUCUGGACGAGAUGUUGACGCGUGAAUUAAUCAAGCUGGACGAUAUAGAGACGGAGGGCCGGGAGAACGUGCGGCAGGCGCGUAAAAACGCCAUCAAGAGCAUACAGGACACCAUCAGUCUGCUAGAGAUGAAAACCCCGAUCGUCAACCAAAAAGAGCAGCAACCCACCGUGCGCGAAGGGGCCCAGAAACCCGCUGAGAAUCAUCAGCUGGGAGAAGAGGCCUUGCAAAUCUCUCAGCCCAUGGAGGUAGACGCGAAGCAAGAGAAACUUAAUAACGAGCCGAUACCGCUUCCGCCAGCGCCAUCGUCGCCGACAAAGACGAGAAUGGAAUCGGAAAGUGCGGCAACGGCUGCCGAAUCCACGAAUCAGAGCACUGUUCCUGCCGAUCAGCAGAACCUUGAACAAAAAACAGAGAAUCUAGCGGUUGACAGUGCUGUCGCGCUGUCGACAGAAUCAGCAAAAUGUGCGGACGAAGCGAGCAAGGAAUCAAAAGCGACUGAGGGGAAGGAUGAGGAGCAACAAAAGGACGUGUCGCAAACGACGACGGAGGGAAAGACAGAAGUGCAGGACGGACAGCGGAACUCGCCGAGGCUGCAGAAGAAGGCGAAGAAGACGAAGAAGAAGGAGCAGCAGCCGGUGUCCGAGCAGGCGAUUCCGCUGCCUCCACCGUCGACGGAGAGUGCCAAGUAAAAACGGAAUGCUGAAGAAGUGUCGUACAGUCGAAAUGUGAUCACGACUCGACGAGAGUCGACGAAUGAGAGAGAAAGGGAGAGAGAGAGAGAGAGAAAGAGAGAGAGAGAACUUUGUGGGUUGUAAUGAAACGAAGGUCGAUUGGAAGUUCCGUGAGUUGCGAAGAAACCCCGGUAAUGACAAAGAAGUUUCGGAGGACAUCGAAUCGCCGCGAACACCAAGAAAGUGGCUUGAUCUACUUGCACCAGGACGCCGUACGCUCUGCUACGUUUUCUUCUUCCUGAGUUGUUUCCCGAACUGGGAUCAAGCUAAUAACGAGCAACAAAAUCGAAUGCCUCGGUGCCGCGAGUCACUCGUCAUUGCCUUAGGACGAGGCCUUCCUCUUGUUGUAGCAUAAUCGCGGGAACGAACUGGAGUGGCACCGCUCGUAAGUUUGUUGAUUUUCUCAGAGAAACGGCCUUCGAUUGAAAGCUCUUAAGGCGGCCGCGCGUUUCCAUUAUAUUUUUUCAACGCUAAAAAAGAGCCCUGCGUAGGAAUUGCGCGCUGCGAGCGAAUUUUUCUCUCCGUCGAUGACAUUGUAAUCCUCACCUUUCUUCUAAUUUAUUUAUGGUUUGCGAGCUCGUGGAUGAUUGUGAGAUAAAUGAAGAUCGCGUCUGGUUCGCAGGAUGGAGACUCGAAAAGUCUCAUUGCGCGAGUCCGGGCGUGUGUGACUUCGAAGAUAUCUUAUUAAAAAAAAAAAAAAAGAGAGACGUGGUUUUGUCAUAUAUUCAGCUGUCGAGCUGACCAGUUUGCCACAUUGUAAUGCCGUGUCGCAGACAUGCGCUUACAAAGUAAUUUACGUGCAAAAUUGACGUAAAUAAAACAACACAAUUUUUACAAGUUACAGAAAAGGAUUAUACAUAUUUGCAUUUUAUGAAAUAAUAAAUGAAUUAAUGUAAAUUGUGCUUUGCACUCUCUUAUUAGAAUUGAAUUUUUUCUUCACGCUUUUCGCUCUUCACGAUACAGGAAAUUUGGUCUGUUCGACAGGUACGUAACGACUUUAUAUACUCGGUAGAGCAUCGCGUGGAGCGUGCACGCGAUGACGACAGUGACGCGAGGAUAAGUUAAUAUUGAUUUCUAAUUUAUUGUAUGCCUGACCGCGCGAAAUGAUUCUGUGAGUGUGUUUGUUGUUGACGCUAAUAAUUUUCCGCGUAUCGCGCGCACAUCUGCCGGCACGCAAAGUGACACGGAUGUGUGUACGCGACGUGAUGUACAUGGCGCGCAUGUACAAAUUCUAGAAUAUCCCGUCGAGAACACCGAUGUGUGCGCGGCGCCGUCCCUCAUUUCUUCUUCCUUACCCUCCCAAGUUUGUCCAGGAUGUGUUCCGCGACGUCACAAUCAAAGGCGUGCGUAAUUGAAUGCAAGUUAGAGUCAAUUCUAUCUUAACGGAUGCUUAAAAGUUACCGGAACAUAGGUAGUUUUUACAUUAUAAGCCAGACUGUAAUGCAGAUUGCACACGUUUUCCGAGAUCACCCAAGUAUUUUUGUACUCUGGUAAAAAAAUAUAUAUUUUUCUCAACAGAAUUUCUGUUUCCAGCGGAAUACAUAUAUGUAUAUUGUAGAAUAGAAUUACAAGAAUCACAAAAUGCAAAUCCGUUUCCUAAACUUAAAAUGCAGAUAAACAAGGAAAAAUUUAAGAGAAUGCUACUGUUGAUUGAUUUGGUAUGCUUUAUCUUGCAGUUGCCUCAACGCGCAUCAGCCUAAUUAGUUUGCUUUUUUUUUUUUAUUCUUCCAGUUUUGUAACUUGAUGUCAAGCGCACUGCUUCUCCGCGCGUUUCGAUUAGCGCUGUAUCAAUUUGAAAACGGAAAGGAAACUUUGAUCACCUAUUGCCUUCUCUCUUUAGCGUAAAUGAAAAGGAGAGAUAUAUCUUCAAAUUAGCUCGUAACUAGGACCUGACAUGAAAGGUUUGUUUUUUUAUCGCUGCACUGGAAAUUGCAUUGGAACUCUUCCCUCUCUCUCAUUUUAAGCAUAUUUACUUAUUUCUUUAAACAUAGAAAAAUUAUGUACACUGGUUCAGCUAUAAAAAAAAAAAACAGGCCUAAAGUGAGUAACAAUAACUAUAAAGUAUUGCACCUUCUUUCUAAUGGAUAUAACUGCUGCCUCUGGGAGAACGCAUGGUCUUUAUGUUAUAUUGUUUGUAGAGAAAUUCACGAGAUGCUGAAAACACGUUUCUCUCGAGUGAAAAUCUCAACUCUGUGUUGUGUCAAGGAAUCUACCGCGGGUUUAUUGCGGGACACCCUGUAUAUACCGCUCCAGAUUUAGCGUCCGUUUAGAAUUCUCGAAGCGUUUCGGAUACGCGACGCUCGAGAAAAGUCAAUUCGAAUAUGAACCUUGAGUAUAUUCGGAGGCCCCAUAUACGGGGAUUUCGAAGUUCUUCAAGGACAUCUCUCCUUCCACGUCCUCUUAUUUGUCCCUUUUUAUUGGGGGAGAGGGGGAAUCGCCAAACGAGGGACGGACAAGGGCAACGCAUUAUUAUUUUUUUCUCUCGGUUUCUCGUUCAUAGUGUGAUACUUCGUUUACCUUCUGUUCUCUCCCUUGUAUCUAUAUGACAUUUCCUUCGCGUAUCUGCACUGACACUAUUUUCUAGCUGGAAAUUUUGUAUUUUUUCUGAUACGAGAGCCAAGAGUGUGUACGCAUGUGUGUGAGAGAAAGAAGGAAGUGUGGUAAAAAAAAAUAUAAAUAUAUAUAUAUACAUAUAUAUAUACAUGUACGAAAGUGUGUGACCAUUUUAUGAGAUUGAUCAGUGAAAAUACAAAGCCUGCUCUAUCUUA